UUAUUUUACUAUUAGAAACAAUUUUCUGAAUUAAUUAUAAUGAUUAACUUGUCUAUAUUGAUUGGCGUAAUUUUUACGCUUUCUGUGGAAGCAUAUACGGUAAACUAUUAAUUUUCUGUAAUAUUAUUUAUAAUAGAAAAUUUGAAAAUAUUAAGCAAAAGAUGUUAAGUCGCACCUCUAUUAUUUUUUUUCUAAUUUGAUAAAAACGCUUUGAAAAUGGUAUUUAUUGCCGUUUAUUGAAAAAUCAUUUGAAACAAUAUUCUGAAAAAUAUUAACAGGACUUUUAUAAGUAAAUUUUCAGUUGGAUAAUGCUUCUUUAGUGAAAUUUUUACUAAAUAUAUAAAUAGUAACAUUUAAAAUUUUGUAUUUCUCCAGAUUCAUGGACAGUCUGAAAAAUCGGAUUUGAUUUCUUGCUCUUUUCCAAAACCAUCAACUCAUCAUGAUGGUAAUAUUUUUAAUUAAAAAUAAAAUUACUUCUACAAAAGAGAAUCGAUUUGAAAAAAUUGUAUUUGUAUAUUGUAAUAUUUUUUACAUUCCACAAUGUUUACUUUUAACUUUUUUUAUAGAUAUAGAGUACAGUACUGUUCCCAUUACUGACACACAAUUAGAUUUAGAUACUAACUAUAGAGUACUUUCAUUUCAUUUAAAAGAUGAUCACAUAAAGGUGAAUUUAGAACCUUCUAAUGGAGUCCUAGUACACAAAGAUACACCUGUUUGGAUGGUCAAAAAUGUAAAUAAUAAUAUUCAAUUUAGACGGGAAGAAAAUGCUCUUAAGGAUAUUGAGAGUUACAUAGAUGAAUCAACUCAUUCCUCGUUUGUUAAGCUACCUGAACCAAAUGGAUAUUAUUUUUAUUAUGGCGUUUAUGACUAUAAUGUUGGCGUGAAAGCCGCACCAAGAGAACGUGCUCGAAGACGUCGUGAAGUUAAAGGCAAUAAAACUAUUUCAACAAUUGAUCAUCAUGUAUAUGUCAUUGAUAAAAGUAAAAAUGAUAAUCCUGAAACUGCUUACUCAAGUAUUGUACCUGUAUUACUUAAUGCAACAUCAAAUCUAAGUCCUCCCAAUACUGUAUACCCAGAAAUAUUAGUUAUCAUGGAACAUGCUCUCUAUUCACAUUACAAAGGUAAUCUUCAAGAGGCUUUAAGUUACAUUAUUACAUUCUGGAAUGCUGUUGACUUAAAAUUUAGAGCUUUAAGAGAACCUGCUGUGAGAUUAAAUAUUGCUGGUAUUAUUAUAGAAGAGGAAGAAGCUGCAUUUUUAAAUAACUCCAAGAUUUAUCAAGAUGGUAAAUUUAAAGGAAAAGUAAGUCGAAAUAUUGUCUUGGAUGAUAUUGGUAUCAAUUUAUACGCAAGUUCAUUAGAAGUCGGAAAAGAUUAUGAUUUGGCUGUAUACAUGAUGGGAUCCGAUUUGACUUCUUCUCCAGACGAAGAGAAAAGACAUGGUUUAGACGGAAUAUUAGGUGUGGCAAAAGUUGCAAGUUCCUGUCGUAAAAAUGAUACGGAAAAAAUAGUUAAUGGAGUUGCUGCAUUCGAAGACUCAAACGGUUAUAUAGGAAUAUUGCAUGGAGCUCAUGAAUUGGCUCACUUAUUUGGAGCUUUUCAUGACGGAGCUCAUGGUUUAUCACAAUUGGGUCUCCCCGGGGCAGAACACUGUUUAACUACCGAAUCAGAUGACUAUAUUAUGAGCACAAAGCGUAUCGAUGGGAAACACUUUUCAUACUGUAGCAAAGAAACAAUGAGAAUAUUUUUCCACAAAGAGAGUGCAGAAUGUCUCCGUAACCCACCAGUCAUGUCCAGUGAAUAUAUUUCUUCAAUAAUAUUACCCGGUAAAAAACUGUCAUUAGAUGAACAAUGUACAAGUGCUGGAUUUCUUAGAGCUCAUUUUAAUGAUACAUCUGUAUGCGAUCAUUUGUAUUGUGUUGCAAAAGCAUCGGACGAUGGAAUCGAUUAUAUUACAUCUCUGCCAGGAGCUGACGGUUCCAUAUGCGACAAAGGCUAUCAUUGCAUAGAUGGACGUUGUGUCCAGAAUAGUAACACUAAUGAGUACUUCCAAUACAAUUAUUCUGAUAGACGCAAUCAUAUUGGAAAAUGAAAGUCUAAUAUAAACAUUAGAAUGUGCAGUACUUUAAUAAUAAUAAUCUAUCUUAAUAGAAAAAAUUAGUAGUUUAUAAAUAUAGAUAAAUCUCUUUAGUACAAAUGUAUUGAAAAAUAUUAAUCAAUUGAAUUUUAUGUUUAAAAAGUUUUGUAUAAAUGUACAAAAGUUUAUAAAUUAAGAAAAUAGUAAAAACUUAUGUUAUAGGCAUUAUUAACAUGUUAAUAAAAAUUAUUCAUCAAAUCAAUUUAAAAUAUAAAUUACUACCCCGAUUAAAACAACCUUUAAAAUACAUAAGAGCAAAAUAUUUACGGUAAUUCUUCCAACCCUACGAUUCAUCGUAAAGACAAUCGUUUGUGGAAUUCAGACUGACGUUAAAUCGAAAAUAAGAAUAAUUUACAUUGUAUUAAUUGCUUUCUAAUUAUUUAAAACCAUUCAAACGCUGAAACUCUCGUUCUUUAUUCAUAGUAACAUUGAGUCAAUAUUAAAGAUAUGUAAGAAAGACAACUUUUCAUCGGUUUUGAAAACGAUCCCAUGAAAUUUAAAAUAAUUUACAUUAGUUCGUAUGUCACGAACUAAUUUAAUAUUAAUUAAGUUCAUUAAACUUCUUUGUUGCCAGGCAAGCUUUUCGCAAGCUUGCAAAUUCCUAAGGUGGCCUGACAUGAGACUUUUCACUGGAAAAUAACUCUUGCGAAAUUAUUAAAUUUUAUUUCAAAAUAUGGGUGUUGUCCAUAUACUUUGUUAGCAAUUUUCAAUUUUAUAAAAUAAUGUAUAUUUUCUUUUAA